AAAAAAUAAAAUGGAUACACAAGCCUACUCUAAGAUUUCAAAUGCUGCAUUAAUAUAAGAACUUUAUAGAAGGUAUAGAUGUCAAGAAGAAGCAUUACGAAAAAGAAUAGUAUUGUUAGGAAUGCCUGGAGCUGGUAUUGAAUAGAAAUAUUAAAAUAUAGGUAAAGGAACACAUUCAGCAAAAAUGUUGGCUCGUUUUUGUAUGUGCCAUUUAUCAACAGGAGAUUUAUUAAGAGAAGAAGUAAGAUCAGGAAGUGAAUUUGGAAAGAAAUUAAAAGGUAUAAUGGAGAGAGGAGAAUUAAUAGAGGAUGAAGUGAUGUGCAAUUUGAUAAAAUAAUAAUUAGCUAAGUAUAUUAAUUUGUUAUUUAAUAAGACCUGCUUGUGCUAAUGGUGCAAUUUUAGAUGGAUUUCCUCGUACUAUUCCUUAAGCUGAAAAACUUGAUUAAAUUCUUAAAUAAAGUGGAUAAUCAAUUGAUUAAGCAAUAUUUAUGAAUGUUCGUGAAUAAGUAGUUGUUGAUCGUCUAGGAGGAAGAUGGACUCAUUUAAAUUCAGGAAGAACUUAUCAUUAUAAAUUCAAUCCACCUAAAGUUCAUGGAGUAGAUGAUAUUACUGGAGAACCACUUGUUUAAAGAGAAGAUGAUAAAGAGGCUACUAUUAGAAAUAGACUAAAUGUUUAUUAGAAUAAAACAUCACCUAUUAUAGAUUAUUACAGAAAGUAAUUAAAAUCAAAUAUUAAUUUUAGAAAAGGAAUUUUAUUUGAAGUUAAUGCUGAAAGACCUGUUAAUGAUAUUUGGAAAGACAUCAAAUCUAUAGUUAAAACCAAGUGA